AAGCCUGCAAGAACGUCACGGGUAGCCUCACCGCCACCAUCGAUUGUUGGCUUCAGCACCGAGGACAGCUCCCGCGCCUCCUCAAAUCAAAACCACUCAUCUUGUUGCCACAUUUGAAUGGGAUAAGUCUUCGGUCACGCGUGUAUUAUUAUCACGUGACCUGAGCGCAUCCUCCUUUAGGCUGCUGGUUUGCUGCAAAGGAUUCCACUGGCGCCUCGUCUCUACUGGGAUUACUGGACUCUCAUCUAGUGGGUGCGAACGUGUUCUUCUGUUCUUGUCUCUUCGUGUGAUGCCUUAGAAUGUGCGUGUCUUUUUUCCUGCAUCAGUCAGCUCCAUCAGCGCAAUGGAAGCCAUCUUUACAAGGCCACUUCAUUAGAACCACAUCAAGAUGAUACCAGGCUCCUACGACCACGAGAGGCCGCUCAUCAUCAGGAUCUCCUUCACCACGUUUGUCCUGUGUACCGUGUGCCUCCCACUGCUGGGCCUUAUCACCUGUGUCCUUAUUUCCUCUGUUUAUCACUUCGAUGAAUCCACGUACACACACUGCCACGUUCAGAACUACCUGCCGUCCAUCAGUGCCUCCAUCAGUCAGAGCCCCGAAUGCCACAUAUGGCGUUUCUGCAUUGGCCUGCACUCAGCGCCGAGGUUCCUGGUGGCGUUUAUUUACUUCAAGUUCUACAAGAUGCGAUUCACUUCCAGGUUCCCCGAAAGGUCGCUCGCUUACUUGAGUCUGGCUUUCUCCGUUUUGGAAAACCUGGGACUUCUGCUCCUUUCAUACGUGUCAUCCAGAGAGACGUACUUUGUCCACAAGGAAGGAUUCAUCCUCUUCAUUUUAAGCUCGCUGAUCAACAUGCUGAUAACGUGUCGUUUAUGGAAGGCCAUUAAGAAGUACUCGUUAAAUCCUGAGGAUGCUAAAUCUCAUCAUUGGAAAGUCCGUUUUUUACUUCUCAACGUUUGCUUCUGCGCUUUCGCCGGCUUCUUUUACAUCAAACACAACCUGUACUGUCAGUCAGGGAUCUACACGUUCUUCGCUCUGUUUGAGUAUCUCAUUGUCUUCUCCAACAUGGCCUUCCACCUGACGGCCGUUUGGGACUUCGGGGGUCGUGAGAUGAUGGUCAUUUCGUCUUCAGAAGACAACGCUUUCUGACUAGAGACUCAUAAAAGAGUAGGAGGUAUCAAGAUGGACCUUCUGCCUGGUGCCAAAGGUUUGGACAUGGAAGGCCUUUUUGCUCCGUGUUUCUAUGAUGAAAUCCAGACAACAACGUGGAUGUGAGGCGAGGUUCCAUGUCCCGCUUGUUGGUUUACAUUACAGUGUGUCACGUCAAUGUAAAUGUCAACUUUUGUACCACAGUGACCGUUCUUGGCAGUAUUAUCAAAAACUUCAAUAAAUACAUACAUAUUGCAGAAUGGAGAGCACACAUUAU